GUACUUAAAUGUUAGGGUAGUAAUUCACUUCAAGAAACACUUUUGUAUAUUCCAGUGAAUGCUCUUAACAUCCCGAUAAGCAGGUAAUAUAUUAAAAUGCUUGACAAUAAUCCAUAAAAAAACGUCCAUCUUGGAAAGCCUCAUGUUGUAGUACGUAAAAAGCACGACAAUCAUUAAGACGGCCCGCUAAGUAACUGCGAGGCCUACCUGCCUGUCAGCCUUCCAUCUGUGCACAAGCUUAUCUCGUGCCCUCAUUGGUCAUGUUCGUGUGUGUUGGAGGAGGGGCUCUGUAAGGAAGUCUGAAGGAAGAGGCAGAUUUUUUCCGGUUGUGUAUUUUGAACUUCUAGCGCACUCGAGCUGGUUUCUCCAAAAUUACCUACCCCACCUUUAAGUACAGUAACAAAGUAUUUGUACUCCACUACUUCCCGCCUCUGCGUUUUACUAUUUUUGAUGCAAAUGGUGAUAUUUUUUUCCGAAUUGUAUAGAAAGCAGGACUGGGCGGAAGCCGUUCACUGGUAUGAAAAUGCCUUGAACAUGACGGACUAUGACGAGGGCGGAGAGUUCGAUGGGAUUCAGGACGAGCCUCGUUACCUGCUGCUGGCCAGAGUGGCAGAGAUGUACCAGGAGGGAGGGUGCAGCCUCACCCCAGACCCCCAGAGAGCAGGUGAUCUGUUCACAGAAGCCGCAGAGGCUGCCAUGGAGGCCAUGAAGGGUCGAUUGGCUAACCAGUAUUACAUGAAAGCUGAAGAAGCAUGGGCGUUAAUGGAGGAAUAAUUCUGGACACACAUUCUUUAACAGAAAAGGCUACGGGAGAUAAUGUUUUCAAAUUCAGAAGGAUAUUACCUGAUUGGCUACAGUUUACAUGUUUUUUAUUACAAUAUUUUUUGAAAUAUUUGUUCGCGUGCGCAUGUGUUCAGCCUUUGAGGAUUUCAGGUUCGGGUUCCUGAAUCCUGUGUUCUUCAAUUUCCCAUCUCCCAUUGCCUAAAUGUAUGUGGUUGUAUGAAAGAGAAGGUCUGGAGUGUGAAAUAAAGAAAAUGGUUUACUUAUUUUGACCCAAAUGUUAUGCAAGAAUGCAUGUAAAUAAUUAAAAAAAAGAUUGGAGUUUCAAACUGAUGAAUAAAGUUCACUUUUUAUGGAUAAACUAAA